AAUUACUCCAUUAUUCUUCAAUCUUAUUUCAUCAAGUUGCUUCCAGAGAAAAAUCCCCCCAUAACGAAGUAACCAUGUCGAAGAAGAUAUUUGUGUUGACGAGCUCCGAUGGUGAUUCUUUUCAGAUCGACGAAGCGGUGGCAUUCCAAUCGGCGAUGAUAAAGGGUAUGGAUGAAGAUAAGUGUGCCGAUAAUGGAAUCCCACUUCCAAACGUCACAAGCAAGAUUCUCUUGUUGGUGAUUGAGUAUUGCAAGAAGCACGUCUUCGAGAGCAACGAAGAAGAAGAUCUCAAGAAGUGGGACACUGAAUUCAUGAAGAAGAUGAAACAAUCGAUUGUCUUUGAUGUUAUGAUGGCUGCGAAUUAUCUCAAUAUCCAAAGCCUUAUUGAUCUCACGUGUAAAACUGUUGCUGGUUUUCUCUCAGGAAAAACUCCAGAGGAGAUUCGCGCAUACUUCAAGAUCGAGAACGAUUUUACACCAGAGGAAGAAGCUGAGAUUCUCAGGGAGAAUCAAUGGGCUUUUGAGUGAAAGCGGAUUCAUCAAAACCAGCCUUGUUUAGUUUUCUUUUCUUGUGUUUUAAUUCUCAGUUUCUUGUUGCGAUAUAGAUGAUGACUUCGUCUAUUUCUUGCUUGUUCUGUGUGUUUCUUUUGGUUUCUUGAUAUGUAAGUAAGCCAGUUUGUUGUAUCUUUGCUUUAGAGACGAUCUUUUGUUGGAUUUUAUGCUUAACCAAAUCUUAAGAUUGAUGUUGUCAAAAAAUCUUCUUUGUUUCUCAAGCCAUUAUUGAAUAUAUGUGAAGUCAAAUC